CACUUUCAUUCUGACUGACAAUCCAAUUCUAUGCCACUGCAUCCUUGCAAUGUUCUAGCUCCGUGCGUGGCUUUCUCCAGCGACGUUUGACACUUUUGACAUCUUUUUUAAAUUGUCAUUCGUGUGAUGACCGCGGCGAUGACAGUGCUUUUUUGAAGAGGCAAAAAUAUGGCUGGUGCAAUGUUGUUUGAAAGAGCACAAAAUGUUUCGUCACAACACGAUAAAUUGUUAAAUUUCUCAAGAAAAAACAAUGAGGAAAACGAUGAUGAAAACAUCAACAAUAAGGAACAGGAUAUCCUCAAUUUGGGGGAGAAGUACAAGAAAGAAGGUAAGGCCAAGGAGCUGGCUGACUUAAUAAAAGCUACCAGGCCUUUCCUCAGUAUGAUAAGUAAAGCUAAAGCGGCGAAGUUGGUGAGAUCUUUGGUCGACUACUUUUUGGAUCUGGAAGCUGGUAUUGGUAUAGAGGUUCAACUUUGCAAAGAAUGCAUCGAAUGGGCCAAAGAAGAAAGGAGAACUUUUCUCCGCCAGUCACUGGAAGCCCGUCUUAUAGCGCUCUAUUUCGACACAGGCAUGUACUCAGAAGCACUGCAGCUGGAAUCGACUCUUUUAAAAGAACUCAAGAAGUUAGAUGACAAAAAUCUGUUAGUGGAAGUUCAGCUCCUAGAGAGUAAAACAUAUCAUGCCCUCAGUAAUCUACCAAAAGCCAGAGCAGCAUUAACAUCAGCACGUACUACCGCCAAUGCUAUAUAUUGCCCCCCAAAAAUGCAAGCUGCUUUGGAUUUGCAAUCUGGUAUUUUACAUGCUGCAGAUGAAAAAGACUUCAAGACAGCGUUCUCCUACUUUUAUGAGGCCUUUGAAGGAUUCGAUAGUGUAGAGUCACCUAAAGCAUUGGUGGCACUCAAAUAUAUGCUUCUGUCCAAAAUAAUGUUAAAUAAUCCUGAAGAUGUACAACAGAUCAUUAGUGGUAAAUUAGCCAUAAAGUAUGCUGGUUUGGAUGUAGAAGCUAUGAAGGCCGUUGCCCAAGCCUCACAUAAAAGAUCUCUAGCAGAUUUUCAACAAGCUGUUAAACAAUUUAAACAUGAACUAGAAGAUGAUCCUAUAGUAAGAGCACAUCUAGGCACACUUUAUGACAACAUGUUAGAACAGAAUCUAUGUAGAAUCAUAGAGCCUUACUCAAGGGUACAAGUAGAGUAUGUUGCAAAAACUAUAAAGCUACCAAUGCCACAGGUUGAAAAGAAACUAUCUCAGAUGAUACUGGAUGCCAAGUUCCAUGGAAUAUUAGAUCAAGGAGAAGGUGUGUUCUAAUAGUGUUUGAAGAGACUCCAGUAGACAAGACGUACGAGAUGGCUUUAGAAACGAUACAGAGCAUGAGCAAGGUGGUAGAUACGCUUUAUCAAAAAGCUAAGAAAUUGUCAUAGGCUGAUUAUUUGCGCGAUUUAUAUGAGAAAUCACAAAUGACUGUAUUUUUCCUCUGUCAUUUACAACAUAAUUUCAAGUAUCUUAACUGUUUUCUUUGAUUUAUGUUUAAAUUAAGGUUUACUGUAAUUAACAUUUUGGAAAUAUAAACUAACAAAAUUCCCGUC